UUUUUUAGUUGAGUGUAAUUUUGAAUAUUAAACAUCACAUUUAAUAGUAUUUUAAUUUAAGUACAAGUACGGUUACAUGUAUGUCUGUACAUUUUUAUAUUAUAUUCCGCCGUUUAUUAUGCUUGUUAAAUUUACAUUUAUGUUCCGAGAUCUCAUUAUUUUAUAGUCAAUUCUCUAUUUAAAAUUACUUGAUAUUAUAAUGUCAGGUAAUGAAAAUAAUGAUUGUGAAAUGACUGCAAGCUCAACACUUAGCUGCGUUGAAUCCAACCAUAUUGACAAUAUCUCUGAUGUUAUAUAUGACGAAAACGGACUUGAAAAUUGUCAUACUAACUCUUUAAACAAUAGUUUAUCUAUUGAAAGCAACAAUGAUACUUGUGCCUUAGUUUUGGCUCCAAAUAACAGGACCGAUCCAAAUGAUAAUUGUGAUAUACAAAUAAAAGACUUAUAUAAUCAAAAUGGUUUAAAUUCAAUAGAAACUAUUCACCAAAGUACAAUUAGUAAUAAAGAGGAUCAAUAUGAGAAAAAUAAACAUGAGACUAUUUCUGACCAUAAAGAGGAUCUCGUAGAGAAUGAUAAAACAAGUGUUGUUACUCCAAAACUAGAAUGGUCAAUUGAUUUACUAAAGGAAAGUUCAUCAAAAGUUAUAAGUAAAAAUGACAGUAAUGUUGAAGAAAUCAAUCUUAAAAAUGUGUCUCAUAAAAAACAAAAUAAAUUUAGUAGUUCUAUAGUAAAUGAUCAAAAUCAUAACCAUGAAGAUUCAGGGGUGCAGAGUAUUGAAAUACACAAUGAAGUUCCUGUAAAAAUUAAUACUAGACCUCAGCGACAAGCUGCAAAAAAGGCCGAAAGCCAAAUUAGAGAAAUAACAAAAGAAAUAACAAAUCCUGUUGAUACCAUUGAAGAAAAAAUAAUAGAAGUUAUAGAAGAGUUAUCGUCACCACUAAAAAAAGUUUGCUGCCAGUGUAACAGGUUUCGUCUAUGUAAUUUUACUAUAAGAAGUCACAAGAACAUGUUUUUAUGUCAAGAAGAAUGUGUAGCAAACUAUCAAAGAAAAACUAGCCAAAUAAGUGUAGAAAAAAAAUGUGAACACUGUCAGGCAACUAUUUUUCAAAAUGAUGACAAAUAUUUCAAUUGGCAAACUAAGUAUUUUUGCUCUGUGAAUUGUUUAGAUCAGUUUCAGCAUUUAAUUUUGGGGUCAAAUUGUAGUAAAUGUGAACAAGUUAUAACAUCGGACACUAAUUUUGGAAAAUAUUGUCGAUACAUUAAUAGAAAUAUAUUACAAUUUUGUGGCAAUGCUUGUUUAGAAAGUUAUGAAGAAGGACUUAAGUUGUGUACUUUUUGUCAAAAAAAGCUGCUAGAAAAUGAAGCUAAAGAUUUUUGCUCAUCAUUUUGUCAAACUAAAGACUAUGAAUCAAGAAAAAAAAAAGUUCUUCCUAUGAAAUAUAGUAGUGGCCAAAGUUUAGAUGACAACACAUCUUUAACUAACAAGUGUAAUAUCUGUUCUUAUAAAUUGGAUAACUUGUCUACAAAUAUGAUCCAAAUCAUAAGUGAUUCUAACCUUGUUAUCCAGUACUGUUCUAAUGAGUGUUUAAAUAAAUUUUUAGUUUUGAAAAAAAAAACUGUUUCGUGCGUUACAUGUAAAUUUAAAAAGUUCAAUUUUGAUAUGAUUUGUACAAGUAAUCUGGCUUCCAGUAGUGUUGUGGUGUACUUAUGUUCAUUACAUUGUCUUAAUCAGUGUCCGGAGCUAUCUCAAAAAAAAAAUAUGAAGGUUGUUUGUGAUAAAUGUGGAACACAGUCAUUAGUUUGUUAUAAAACUAUUUUCAAUACUAAACCGUUUAAUUUUUGUAGUCAAAAUUGUUUAAAUCUAUUUCAAGCUAGUAAAAAGCAAAAACAAAAAAGCAUCUCCAAAAACUCUGUGGAAAAUCAAAGUUCAAACUUACGAGUUUCUACAAGGAAGUCUGCACGUAAAGAGGAAAAUCACUACACUAAUAGCUAUGGAGGUUAUAGCUCUCAAUCGAAAUCUCCAAGAGGAAAGAGUAAAGUUCGUAAAAAAAUAAUUUAUGAAGAAACUAGAUCGUCUACUUUGGUAGACAAAGAAGUUCAAACGGAUCUAACAGGCAGCAAAGGAGUUAUAAUCCCAGUUCCAGUGCCUGUUUAUGUUCCGAUGCCUAUGCAUAUGUUUACCACACCAUACCCAGUACCCGUUCCAAUCCCUAUACCUUUACCCAUUCCUAUAUUUAUACCUACAACAAAAAACACUAUAAAAGGAAUCUUUAAGGAUAUAAAGAAAAUACAAGAAGAAACGCCAACUGAUCCAUUCGAGGCAGAACUAUUGUUAAUGGCAGGCAUGGUGGCUGAAGAAAAAACUGAAAAUCAUUCAUCAUCAGACAGUGAAAACGAUACAGCUAUUGAUUACAAUGAUGACACUAAAGUGGUUUCGUCAAGUGCUCGAAACCAUAAUUCAUUUGGUGAUGAUGUACUUGCAAUGGCGUUUAAUAUGGCUGGUGGAAAUUCUGAUAGCAUAAAUGAAACAGACAAUGUUUCCAACAUAUCUACAAAUAAUAACAGAGACCCAUUGAUUGACGAUGUUGAAGCAAACUUAGUAUCUUCUACUAUUAUGCCUCAAACAUCAAAUGCAAUUAAUGAUGUAACUCAAGACGACAUGAUUACCUCUCCGCUAGACCCUUUGCGUCGUCUUCCCAGAAAACGUGCACCUCGUUCUCAGUCACAGAGGAAUCCAAGCUUAAAGCGAGCCCGUAAAAAUGACUAUCCUCCAAUAUCUAGUGUCCCGCUGUCUAAUACUAGGCUAAAAUCACAACAGCAAGAAGUUCAAAAUUCUCAUUAUACUAUGUCCACACCAGUUGUCAAGCCUGAUGCAAACAUGUGUCUCAAGUUUACUUUAGGUGUAAAUGCUUGGCGCCAGUGGGCUUCUUCUAAAAGCAUAGAAUUUGAAAAUACUUUAGCUUUGAACCUACCUGUCGUAAAAAAAACCAACAUAUUUAAAUUAGAUCUCUUACAACUGACUGCCAGCGAAUUAAAUUACUCUUUGUGUUUAUUCGUGAAAGAAUUCCGUAAACUUAACGGAAGUGAAUAUGCACCGGACACAAUUUAUUAUCUUUGCCUAGGCAUUCAACAAUAUUUAUUUGAAAACGGAAGAAUCGAUAACAUAUUUACAGAUAUAGCUUAUGAAAAGUUUACGGAUACUCUAAAUGAAAUUGCCAAAAAGUUUUCUGAACUUUAUAUUGAUGCGAAAUAUAUCGUUACACGUGUGGAGGAGGAAUAUCUCUGGGAGAGUAAACAACUUGGAGCUCACUCUCCCUAUGUUUUACUCUGUACGCUGAUAUUUUUCAAUACAAAACAUUUCAAUUUAACAAGUGUGGAGGAACAUAUGCAACUAUCAUUUUCUCAUAUUAUGAAACAUUGGAAAAGGAAUCCGAACCAACCAUCUACAUCUGGCACUAAACCGCCUAGUACUUAUAGAAAUGUUUUGUUACGUUUUUACCCUCCACAAGCUGCCUUAGAUUUACCGAAUUCUCGAAAGAAAAAAGUGUAUGAACAGCAUGAGAAUGAAGAAAAUCCAUUAAGGUGUCCAGUAAAAUUAUACGAAUUUUACUUGUCCAAAUGUCCAGAAAGUGUUAAGACAAGAAAUGAUUUAUUUUAUUUAACACCUGAAAGAUCUUGUGUACCCGACAGUCCUGUAUGGUACUCAACUAUGCCAUUAAAUAAAAAAUCGUUGGAAAAAAUGUUGUAUAGAGUCAAAAUGGUAAAAGAAAUUAAUGUGGCAUUAUUAUCAUCUUGAUUUUCAACUUAUAGUUAACAUAAUAUUUUUUGUUUUGUCUGUGACUAAAUUAAAAAAAACAAAAACAAAUUGUUCUUAAAAUUAGUUAAGGUCAAAUUUCUUCCUUAUGCCAUUUAAUCUUUACAUGUUAACCGAAAUAAUUUGUACAGAUAGUAAAGUAAUAUAUAUGUUAAUUAUUUUCACGCAUUUUAUUUUUUUCACAU